AUAUCCUAGUUCUAUCACGCGGGCGAAAGGCGCGAAGGUUGCGGUGGGUCGUACGUACACUCGAUGCGAUACAACGCGCGUUAUAUAUUUCAAUAUACUUCCUAAUGCGGCGAACAAGGCCGCCUGUAGUAACGUAUUUUCAUUGUAAUAACGUAUCGCGAAUUUUGGCAAUGUGCCGAGCGUAAAAAAGUGCCUUUUUAUCAUUAAACGCUUUUUGUAGAUAAAAUGUUUCAGAGGGAAGGAAUAAGAUUAAGACAACAUACGAAGAAAACCUUGACUGAAUUACCUUACGAAAACAAAAUCAUUUUGAGGAAGCAAGAUGUCCUGCCAAAUGAAACCCAGCAUCUCCUCUUUGUCCUUAUGUUUUUCCUCUUUGUGUCUUUCAUUAUAAUCGUAGUUGAGAAAAAUCUGCCCGAGCCUGUGACUAUCAAUACCGAGGAAUUACAUCCAGAAAGAUUUGUAGCUGAACGAGCUCGUAAUCAUAUUAUAAAUCUUACAUCAUUUGGACCUCGUAUCGCUGGCAGCUAUGAAAACGAGGUGUUAGCUGUUAAAUUUCUAAGAACAACGAUUAAUAGUCUGAUUAAAGAAGCCCAUGAGAAUCACAAAAUUCUUUUGGAUGUCACAAAACAUAGUGGUGCAUUUUCCCUUAAAUUUCUAGAUGGAAUGACUAAUGUUUAUAGAAAUGUACAGAAUGUUAUUGUCAAGAUUGGGCCCCAUAGACCUACAAUGCACAGUUUAUUGCUUAAUUGCCAUUUUGAUACAUUUUUUGAAAGUCCAGGUGGUUCUGAUGACAGUGCUGGUUGUGCAGUAAUGUUAGAGAUCUUACGAAUAAUUACCCAAAGCCCAAAACUAUUAAAGCAUAGUAUUGUGUUUUUAUUCAAUGGAGCAGAGGAAAAUAUAUUAGAAGCAGCUCAUGGCUUUAUAACACAGCAUCCUUGGGCAAAAGAAAUAAAAACAUUUAUAAAUUUAGAGGCAUGCGGUGCAGGUGGUCGUGAGCUAUUGUUUCAAGCUGGACCUCAUAAUCCUUGGAUUCUUGAGGUCUAUGCUAAAUCUGUGCCAUAUCCUUAUGCAUCAUCAUUAGCUCAAGAGAUAUUUGAGAGUGGUAUUGUACCUGGAGACACAGAUUUCCGAAUAUUUAGAGAUUUUGGAAAAGUUUCCGGCCUUGAUUUUGCAUGGUCAACAAAUGGUUAUGUGUACCAUACCAAGUUCGAUAAUGUUGAUCAGAUUCCAUUGGGUACUCUGCAGAGGACUGGUGAUAAUAUUCUUGCUUUAACGCAAGCAAUAGUGCUCGAAAAUUAUUUAUUGGAUACAAGUAUCCACGGGACACUGGGAAAUCUCGUAUUCUUCGAUUUUCUGGGUGCAUUUGUUGUUCGAUGGCCACAAUACAUUGCCAGUACAAUCAAUGUCGCCAGUAUGAUUAUAGCUGGGUAUUCUAUCCAUUUGAAUAUGCAGAGUGCACGUAGAAAUGUCAAGACAUCGGUAUACAUAAAACACAUAGUAAUAUGCGUGGGGACGAUCAUUAUCUCGUGGAUAGUAUCGGCAUCUUCUUGCACAUUAGUGGCCCUGACACUGACAAAAUUGGGAAAAGUAAUGAGUUGGUACGCGAGACCAGCGUGGCUGUUCUUUUUGUACGUUUGUCCGACCACUUUUAUGUCGAUGAUCGUAUUCCUGUAUGUAGGAUCAAAACAGAAAAAGGAAGUUAACUCUGCAUGGACUUUGUUUCAAAUGUAUUGUGAUGCGUACGCUGUAAUAUGGAUAUGGAUUCUAUUCGUAUGCGUUUUAUUUGAGAUACGAUCAGGCUUUAUACCGUUACAUUGGGUUCUAUUUCCGGCAGUCGGAAAUAUUAUACGACAUAAUUUCUUCGGCAAAUGUACAGAUUGGAGAUGGCUUUGUUAUCAUUUGGGAAUACUGAGUUUGUCUUACAUACAAUCGUUUUACUUGGCGAUUGGAGCUCUCUAUCUCUUCAUUCCCAUAAUGGGUCGAAUUGGUAGUAGUAUUAAUUCCGAAAUUGUAAUGGCUAUUAUGUUGUCGAUACUAUUCUGCCUGUUACUCAGCUUUACGUUACCAAUAGUGUUGCUAAUAAAGGAUGCGGAGCGAAUUAUAAGUGUAAUAAUUGGAAUAUUUUUGGUCGCUAUUGCUGUGUUAAUUUUAACACCACUUGGAUUUCCUUACAGUGGUGAUCCAUUAUCGCCUGCUGCACAACGUUUUAUGAUCGCGCAUACCCAACGACAGUAUUAUAAUGCAGAUGGUAGUCUUAGAUAUUCCAGUACAGGAUAUUGGAUAGUGGAUUUAGAUAUGAACAGUCCUCACAGUGUAGAAUCAAUAGUACCUGAAGUGGCUGCUGCAAUGCCAACAGUUAAAGAUUGCGAGAAAGAAUUGUAUUGUGGCUUUCCAUAUUUGAUGCCAGUCACAACUUUCUUAUGGAGGACGAGUUGGAUACCUGGACCUGCCCCGCUAAUAAGCAUUCCCACAAAUCUCGAGCUCAUUUCGAAAACACGAUACACCAAUGCUAUUCUAAAUCAACAGCAUCUCGUUAAUUUUACAUUUAACGUUACAGGUCCCGAUCAUAUAGGUAUAAUAUUAUCCCCUCACAAAGGUGUUCAUCUAGAGAAAUGGACCAUAGCUGAAGGGAAGCCACUUCAAGGUCCAAUGUGGAACGAUAGAGAGACUUAUUUUAUCUAUUAUGCAUGUGCCUCAGAUUGUGUGCCAUAUACAUUUUCUAUCGAAUUGAGUGUGUUCCCAGACCGCAUGCAGAAAGAACCGUGCUUGUCCAUCGCGUUAGCUGGACACUUUUUACACGGCGAAUACCAAAGAUCUCUGAGAUUUAAGACCUUUUUGGCACAAUUCCCUCCAUGGACCGUUGUUUCCCCUUGGACAGCAACAUAUACAUUGUGGGAAUUUUAACAGCAGGAUAUGGUAAACAUGAAGCAAUAUUAUAACACGACGAAUCGACCUGUGUUAAUUAACAAAGUAGCCUAAUUAAACGGUACUAUGUUCGAAAUGGACGACAUAAUUUGGCCGUUUGAAUACUUAACGUUUAAUGUUUCUUAGAUUAUCGACUGACUGGAUAUCGGCAAAUAUGUUAUUAGAAUGUUAAAACUGUAACAAAGAAACGUUUUCAUUUUAAGUUUAUACAAAUUUUUAUUAGUGUUAACGAAAUAGUGUUAACGGAAUAAUGUCGAAUUAUCAUAAGACAUCAGUUUUUAUUGAGGUUGUAGAUGAUGUAAAUGAGAGCAUCUUCCCGAAUGCUUUCACUGGCAAUAAUUAUCAUUACUUUUUGUAACGACAUACAGUAAUAUUGCAUAUCAUGGAAACAUCAAACAAUUCUAUCUAUCAAUAGUUAAAUUAUCGAUCGUCUAAAAUGGGCUUUAAAACAUAUUAUCCUAUGCGUUAUUUUUUAAUUUCUUAUAAAAAGAGUAGGUUAAGUAAUCUUUUAUCAAAAUUUAAAAAUUAUAUAUAUAAUAUAGCAACUGUGAUUGCAUGAUGUGCGUGCGUGCAUGCAUGCAUGGAUAUGUGAAACGCUCUAGUAGCAAACACAAAUUUACAGAUUUAUAUAUCAAUACUAAAUAAUUAUACUAUAUUAUCUUUCUAAGUAACAACUAACCAUUGCAUGAGUAGCAUAUUAAGCAUGAAUUACACGAGAGCUAUUUAAAGCAGAUCGUUUUUUACCGAAAUAUCUUAGAGCUUGCGUAAGUUCGAUAGUUCAGUAUUUAAUCGGCUAUAUUUGUUGUUUGAUAUAAAAUGUGAUUCGAUGCUGUGUCGUUCAUGAACAAAGUACUUCCAUAUAAAAAACGGUAUAAAUGAUAGCACAAGGAAUAUAACAUUCCCUCCUACAAAGAGAAAAAUAGAGUUACAAAAAAUAGUUACGAAAAAAAAUCUCUGACUCUUACGCAGAUAGAGCAUAUAAAAACGAGACAUAAUAUUCCCUUAUAUAGUUUAAUGACUUUUAGUAUUGCAACAUUUUGCGUUUAGAUGUUAAUUACUAUUUUUUUAAGGCUCCUGAGUACUCGCCGCGGCCAUAUCGGAUAGUGACGAGAAAUGCGAAAAUCAUAAGCGAGAAAAGACAUGUUGGAGAUUCUUGCGUGCUAUUUUCGAAUAAAAAAAUAUUUUGUAUAAAAGAAUUUACAUUUACAUCGUUAGAUCAUACUUGUAAAGUGCUUCGAAUAUUAUGCUUCUUUUUGUAUGUUCUAGCGAUCUGAAAUAUUCUGUUGCACAAAUAUCUUUUUAUUUGGAAAUAACAUGCAAGAGUUUUCUCGUUUUUGAUGUCAUCAAUCAAGAGUUACGCGGCGAUGGACCAGGAUCUUUAACUGGAAAUUAGCAACGAAUUUAGUUUCAAGUGCAAGUCUUAUUUUUGUUCCUUUCUGCAAUUUUGUACUCAAUGUGACAAUAUCUUUUUUGCUCAUGUUAGAAAUGUUUUUGAUAAUAUUUGUUGCUGCACACAAGGCAUCUAUUUUAUAAUUUUUAUUUAAUUAUACACAAUAUGUUUUGUACAAAUGAACUUGCCAUUUUAUUCUAUUCAGUCACAACUUACAUAAUAUUUAAU